AUGUUUGUAGAGCGAGAUGAACAAAUCGCGCCUCAUCCGAGUAUUGAUGGUCUAAUUGGUAUCUUCGAAUGGGGGCUUCUUUACAAAGAGACAGCUAUUUCCGCUAAAGAAAGAGAUAGUCGGUCGCAUAAUAGUAUGCCUUUCCGGUCGCCAACCCAUGCAGGUGGCCUGUUUGCCAUAGAUCGCCUGUGGUUUCAAGAGCUUGGAUAUUACGAUGAAGGUCUUCAAAUUUGGGGCGGAGAGCAGUAUGAACUCAGUUUUAAGGUGUGUUCAUGGUCGAACAGCACUUCUCUAUUAACCACUCAUUACUUUGAUAUCAGGCAUGAAGCGCCUUUACGUUGA